GACCAAACUAAGACAAACCGUACCUUCCAGGAAGAAACAAAUCGUUUCCACAGUUUUGUAGCGGUCAUCAUGAUCGCUGAAGAUCAGUUUCGACAGAAUAUGGAAGAAUUCAAUCCGAUGGCUGCUCUUGUGGGAAUGGAUGUUACUCUGAGAAGGGAAGUUCACCAAGAACGCGCCAGAAUAAACGAGCUUAUUGUCAAUCAACAUAACGAAGACAUCGAGUCCCUCAAAAAGCAAAUUGACGAGAAAAACAAAGAAAUUGACGACUUACGAAAGGCUAUGGAUGCUUUGGAGGAGCAAAAUCAAGAACUUAGCGUGGCGUUGAAGUCCAGAAAUGAAGAGAUCAAAGCCCUCAAAGCCAGACUCGGUCGACUUGAAAACGACAAGAAGGAACUGGAGGAUGAGUUGCGAUCUGUUAAAGUGAAGGUAAAUCGAAUGGAGAGUGACAUCAAAGAAUUGAGUGAAGCAAAAUUGGCCCAGGAGGAGAAAAAUAUAGAAUUACAAGAAAGUCUGGGCAAAGUGUCGGGAAAGAUGGAGAGUAGAAACCAAGCAAUAAAGAAAGAAAUUAAAGAGAUGAAGGAAUUACAACACAAGGAGAUUCCACCAUCUUUAGGUAUUCCUAGACCAGUACGCCAAAUUACUCCUGCGCUUCUACCAAAGCAUUUGCAACAAGCUGAUCGCGAGCUACACGCAUCGCUUUCUUUGGGGGAAUUGUGCCGUCAACUCCAAAACAAGAUGUACAAGAUAGUGUUCCCAAAUUCGUUUUCAUCGGGCAGAAACUACAAGAUGAAGAACAUCCAUCGCGAUUUGGACAAACUUCCUCAACCGACAGAGGAGAAGGAAAGAUCUAAGACAAAGUGGGGUGAGUUGAAUGAAAAGUUUCAGUGGGAGGAAGCAUACGAAGAAGCGAUGAAAGCGCUCCAAGAAAGCAGAAAUAUUGACGCGCAUCCCAGCCCAUUAACAGAGGAGGGCUUAAUUAGAGCGACAGAAAUACUUAAUGGGAAAGGAGACCUUAAAGGAUGGCUUUCUUUAAAACGUGUUCACGAGUUAAUACAUAUCUGGAAACAAUUACAAACAUUGGAUUAAGGUUUUAUAUUAUUAUUUUUUUUGUCUUCAAGGGACAAAAUGACAUCUCCUUUAUUGAUAAACCUUUCUACUAGGUACAAAUGUAGCUCAGUCACGAUGUAUUUGUGUGCAAUGUGCGUUUCAUUGUUGGCUUUCGGUGUAGUAACAAACCCUUGGCAAACUAAAAACCAUAAAGACACACGGUAAAAUAGCCCGUGGACAGGACUUCUAAAACUAAAAAAAUAAUCUUUAAUUUGUCAAUUUCAGUUUAAAAGGCUGAAAUGGAUUCUGGUACAACAUAAGGCUUCAAUCCCUUCAAGCCGACCUACUGGCCCAUUAAAGAGUUCGUAUAAAAUAAAGGCAACUUUAAAGGACAUGCUUCUUUUAGACGUAUUUGCAUGCAAUGUUUCAAUCUGGUGAUAUGUAUAAAAGCGACUGAAUAGCCAUGGUUUAAUUUACCGCUAGACAGGGUGUGUUACAAGUUACAGUGCCAUGUGCUUCAUGCUUCUGCUCGUCAGACCUAUUAAAAACGGAGCUUGAGUUGAAUUUAAACCAUGAAAUAUAAACUUGAAUUGAAUUCUAACUGAUUUAAUUUGGUAGGAUCAGGCGAUGGGUCUAAUAGAAACAUCGUUUGAACUUAGCAUC